CACCGGUGCUAUUUCGCUGCUGCACACAUUUGCAAAGUGCUGCGCCAGGAAUACUCUACAAAUCUCAUAAAAUUACAGUGCACCCGGUGUUGCCAAGCAGGAAGGACAGCAAUAAUGGACAAGCUCCAGGGCUUUGAGUUCUGGAGAACGACCCUGAAAGAAGCGCGCUUUGUGGUGGCGCCCAUGGUGGACCAGAGCGAGCUGGCCUGGCGCCUGCUGAGCCGCCGCCACGGUGCUCAGCUCUGCUACACCCCCAUGCUGCACGCUCAGGUGUUUGUCCGCGACGCCAACUACAGGAGAGAGAACCUCUACAACGAGGUGUGUGAAGAGGACAGACCUCUCAUCACGCAGUUUUGUGCCAAUGAUCCAGAGGUGUUCCUUCAAGCGUCUCUGCUGGCUCAGGACUACUGCGACGCUAUCGACCUCAACCUGGGCUGUCCGCAGAUGAUCGCUAAGAGAGGGCACUACGGUGUUUUCCUGCAAGACGAAUGGGAGCUGUUAGAGAAAAUGGUUAGGUUAGCCAACGAAAAGCUGUCUGUGCCCAUCACAUGUAAGAUCCGUGUGUUCAAAGAGGUGGAAAAGACAGUCCGCUAUGCCCAGAUGCUGGAGAAAGCUGGAUGUCAGCUGCUGACAGUGCAUGGCAGAACCAAAGACCAGAAAGGUGCCAUGACGGGUAUCGCUAGCUGGGAGCACAUCAAGGCAGUACGGAAGGCAGUUAAUAUACCAGUGUUUGCAAAUGGCAACAUUCAGCACCUGAGUGACGUGGAGUGCUGCAUGCAGGAGACGGGAGUGCACGGAGUUAUGAGUGCAGAGGGGAACCUCCACAACCCAGCACUGUUUGAGGGACGCAGCCCCCCAGUGUGGGAGAUGGCUGAGGAAUAUCUGGAGGUGGUGAAGCAGUACCCGCCCUGCACUCUGUCCUACGUACGAGCCCACCUCUUCAAGCUCUGGCACCACACGCUACAGAUUCACCAGGACCUGAGGGAGGACUUGGCCAAGGUGAAGACCCUCGAGGGUUUGGCCGAUGUCAGUAAACAGCUGAGACUGCGCUGCCAGGAGGAGAUAGCCAAAGGAAAGGACGUAGAAGAGAAGAAGGACGGCCUUCCGUUCCCCCACUGGAUCUGCCAGCCAUACGUCAGACCAGCGCCUAAAGAUCCGGUUGCCAACGGCAACAGCAAGAAUUCAGAGGUGAAAAAGACGGUGUGUCAGAAGAGGGCACUGGAAGACUCGGACGGAACAGCUGACACACUCUCCAAAAACAAACAGAAGAAAAGAUCCCGAAACCCCAACAAGAACUUCUGUCCCGAGCAGAAACCCAAAUACAUCAAAUGUGAACAGUGUGGGAACCCAAAGGGAAAUAAAUGCGUGUUCAACCUGUGUCGAGGCUGCUGUAAGAAGAAGGCCUUCAAAGAGGUGGCAGACUGUCCAAGCCACGGGCUGAGGUUCAAGACCAAGGCGGAGAAACAGAAAGCCGAGGAGGACGGGAAGAAGGAGGGCUCUGCGGUAGAGACGGAGAGAAGCAGCAGCUCCCCUCAGCCUCUCCCAGACCCGCGUACAGAGCUGCAGGAGCAGCCGCCGCUAUGAGCAGAACCGCAGCUACCUCUACAGGCACAAACCAUACUCACAGCACCUUCCAAACAUGUUGAUGUCAACACUUAAAGCGGGUUCACGCAACAUCUCAGCCAUCUUGGUCUUCAUCAAGUUGUCUUCGCUGAUGAAGCAUAGUUGAAUCCAAAUGUUGACCACAGCUGUUGUGUGCACCUGCUUUCAUUUGGGCAACAGAGAGACGUGAGCGGAGGUCGAUCGGACCUCCAGGUAGAGGUCGGUUUGUGCACGUAGAGGUAGCCAACGAUCAGUCAGGACACACAGCUGCUAAGUAACCUCAAAAACAAGUGUUCUCCAGAGACUGAUGAAAUAUGGACAAAGACCAAAACCUGAAAAUAUCAAAGUUUUUUUUUUUUAUUAUUUGAUCUAGAUGUUCAGGAUGAUGAGCUUUUUAAUUCUCUUUUUAUUUCCCUUUUCUUUUGGGUUGGACGAAUUUUUUAAUUAAUUCUGACAUUUUUUAAUUUUUUUGAGUUGGAACAUCAUUUUAUCCAAAGUUGUUACUGAGCAGCCAAAGUAAAACGAUCCAGUAAGUGUCAGAGUCGUGGAGAAAAUAGCUCGUCCUUACAGGUUUUAUUUCUCUCCCUUAAGGUCCUUGAUGUGGUUUUUAACUCAUUAGUUAGCCUAUUUAUUUUGGGUAAGGGUUUUAUCCGUAAUGCAUUGACUCAUGUAUGUGCCUUUUUGAUGAUAAGUACCACUGCCUAUCCAGAUAUCAACUUGAGCUCAUGAGGGAGAUCAAAGUGGUGCUCCACCUGCUGUCGUGCUCAGAGACACACACCCCAAAACAAACUGAUUUAAAGGUGCUACCUGUAUAAUUGUGCAGACAAAAAAGAAACACUGACAUUUUUGGAAAGGUGUUUUUCUGUCACUUGUAUAUCAAAGUCAUCAUCAAGUGUUUAACCUAGCUAAGCACAGAGAUGAGAAGCUUGUCGACAUUUUGUGACACAGAUGACUUUUGGUUGUGUUGGUUUUGGAGGACACUCGCUGUCUGUCGUGAUUCUAGUCUUUGUGCUUAACUAGACUAAAAAUGUUCGACAGACGGGUAACUGAUAUUGAUCCUCUCAUCUGACUUAAGGCCCCUGAAAGCAUUGUUUUUCAUUUCUCUAUGACAUGGAAAGUGUGUGUGUGUGAUUUGAUGAGUUUUGAUUGACAGUAACCUGCUAACACAAGCAAACAACCUCCCAACUGUCUUCAGAUACAUAUUCGUAUGUUGAUCAUUCUGAUUGGUGUGCUGAUGUAGAUGACAUCACCUUUUUUAAAUGCAUCCCGGCCGUAUUAAACCAGUGAGAAGAGCACUGAGGGAAACACACGUCAGACAUUUCUUGCUCAGCAGGGGUGGCACAUUUUAAACUAGGGUUCAAUGAAAAAAGACUAAAUGUAUUGAUAUUUAAUGCUACCUUUAGGUAUUUCUAAUCAAUGCUUUAAUGUGCCACAAUAAUGUAAUGUGUUUGAGUUCAAACAUCUUCAUUUGUGCGCUUUUCCAACCAAAUAUUGAUACAUGUGACUGCCCUCCCUUAAACUCUCCUAUCUGGCCCUAGUGUGAAAUAACCAAAAUAUGUUUUCAGGGGCUUUGAACACAUCAAACUCCAACAUGUUCUGUAUCAACAAAUUGCUGUUACCAUGGUUAUCUUAACUAGAAAAUAAUGACACCAUCCUCAUCACGUCUUGUAGCCGCUGCCAAUCUCUCCAUUUUUACAUGCGCCACCUCAGGCUGAUGUGGCUCCUCUUGUUUCUGCAUCUGUUUAUGAAUGAUCCUGUUUUUAUUGAUGACAAAUACAAAAGACAUGAGACAUGA